AUGCCACUUCCAUCGCGUACUCGUCAGGCCUGCGACAGAUGCCACGGUCAAAAAUUACGAUGCACAAAACAAGUCGGUUCGGCCAUCUGCGCCCGCUGCUUCAAAGCUAGCGUUCCUUGCGUCUAUAGCCCAUCUGGCCCACAGCCAGUACCACAGAGCUUGUCGCUAAUUGACGCUUCUUUUGCCGCUGAGUCGGCAGCCUUAGAAUGGGGGGCUUUCUCUUUCGACCAACUUCUAGGCCCUUCAAACAUUCCACAGGUCGACACGUUCUUCGUUGAGGAGGGGUCCUCAUCGCAGAGAACACAUGAAGCUGCAGUCAAUCUAAGGUCCCAAUGCUUCGGUAGGCUUUCCAGUGUGAUGGUCAAAGUAAAUGAAGCAUUCAACGGCCUGCCACCUGUUUCCAAGCUUCACGUUCCUGGCCCCGACUUGAAGCUGUUUUGCAUGCAGAUCUCAGAAUCAUAUAACUUGAAGCGAUCGCUUGAGUUGCUGCUGAGCCAAACUCAAGAACUUGCUGAUAUCUAUCCAAUCGUAAUCCAAUUGGCCUUCGAGCAGCAACACACUCCGGACUGUACGCUUCCACAAUGUGUACACACCUACAAGUCCCAUCCCACCUUCGGCGAAGAUCCCUUUGAAAUCGGAGUUGGAUCGCCUAAGAUUGAUUUCACUUUAUUAAGUCAGCUGAUUUCUUGCCACUACCGCCUUCACGACACUAUCGAACUACUGGCUUCGCAAGCUCAGGUUUGCUUCAAAAUUUCGGCUGCCUCUUCCCAUCAUGGUAUCGAGAGUCACCGAUUCGAUGUCCCGGAACUCCGUAUAGGCUCCUUCACCCUCUCAUCAGUAACCUCAUCUCCUGCCAUGGCCACAAUCUUGGUCGAUCUUCAAUUCUCCCUGACCCAACACAUACCCAAGCUUCAAGCUUCAAUAGGCAGGGACGGAACCAGAGAGGGGAAGGUCCUUUCCCUACAAUGCGAUAUGCUGAAAGAUCGCGCAGACUCAAUUUUGGUGCGGCUUAAGACGCUGAGAGAUGCCAUUAUUAGCCACGGCACCACAAACUAA